AUAUCCCAGCAUCCUUUUCAGGUGGCUACCAUUCAAACCGUAAAGAUGUCGGACGUGUUAGAGUUAGGAGAAGCGAGUGGCGAGGAUUUCAUUGUUGAGGACUUUCCCAUGGAUGAAGAUGGGGAUGAAAGCAUUAAUAAGUUGAAAGACAGAGCAAAGAAACGUAAAGGAAGAGGCUUUGGUGCAGAGGAUGGCGGCCGAGCAAGAUUGCGUGAGGACUUUGAUAGUGUGGAGCAGGAUGGAGAUGAACCUGGGCCCCAAAGAUCUGUAGAAGGCUGGAUUCUUUUUGUGACUGGUGUCCAUGAAGAAGCCACUGAAGAAGAUAUCCAUGACAAGUUUGCUGAGCAUGGUGAAAUAAAAAACCUCCACUUGAACCUAGAUCGAAGAACUGGAUACCUGAAGGGAUAUGCACUUGUGGAAUAUGAAACUUACAAAGAAGCUCAAGCAGCCAUGGAGAAUCUUAAUGGACAGGACUUGCUGGGUCAGCCUAUAAGUGUCGACUGGUGUUUUGUCAGGGGACCACCAAAGAGCAGGAGAAGGGGUGGACGCAGGCGAAGCAGAAGUCCUGACAGGAGGCGGCGUUGAUUUUGGACUGUUUAUUUUAUUUUUUUUUGUCUGUUGUGAAUUUUCAAAAAAUCCAGUACAGACCACCUGUAGCCAUGUUUCAUUGCUGUGGUGUUUGGUCAGCUUGUCCUACUACUACAGCCGAACUUGCUCAGAAUUGGUGGUUGAAACCGUGUAGUUCUGGAAGCUUUGUUUUUCCCUGCCUCUGACAGUUGACUUUUUUUAAUUGGGUGGAUUGUCUUUUCCCCUGAAAUUAGGUCAUCCAUUGGUAGCUAUGGAUGUUGUUUUAACAGCCUUUUUCAUUCCUUAAAUUGCUUUUAACUCUGAGACCGUGAUUCUGGAAUUUUCCCAGAGUGAAGUUGGAAGUAUUGUCAUUUCUUUCCAAGUGUGCUUUAUAUGGAUCUGAAGCAAGUUAAUAUCUUUGCAUUUUUGUUUCCUUGCAUCAUCUGUAUUCAUCUGCCAGAAAGGUAUGGAAUGGUCAACUGUGAAUAAAACAGGAUAUGCUUUAUUUAAACAGGAUAGUUAAACAUAUUUUAUUUACAUUUUAAAUAGGUAAUGUAAUGGGGCCAUGUGGUUUCCAGGAGAUAGACGUCCCUUUAACUUUUUAGAAUUUUGUUCGCUGGAAAAUGAGUGAACUUUGUUUCAUGAAAUUCAUUUAUUAAAAGCAAAAAUGGUUUUGAUAUAAAAAUA